CCCUUGUAACCGGCGAGAGACGAGAGAGAGCACUCAAUGCUCCCAUCAUCGUCCCUCUCUCUCUCCGUCUCUCUCUCUCUCUCUCUGAAAAAAUGAGAAGAAUUCCACAUCCACCCAAAACUCUACUUCUCACAUCCAAACACCCCUCUCAUUUCCUCAAACCCCUUCAUUUCUCCUCUUCUCAGCAGCACCAACAACAACAACUACAGCAAAACCUCAACGACCAGAACGACAACGAUAACCAAAUCGCCCUCAAAAUUACCAAUCUCCUCAGCCACCACCCCAACUGGCACCAUCUCCUUACCUCCUCCGACACCAUCCCCGUUGCCGCCCUAACACCUCAAGUCGUCCGAUCCAUUCUCCUCCAAGACCAUGUAUCCGACGCCGAGCGCCUCCUUGAGUUCUUCUACUGGGUCCAAUCUCAAAUUUCUCUCCCCCAAUCCAUUGAUUCGUUCUCAAUCCUUGCCGUCCGCCUCUGCAAUUCCGAUCUGUUGGGCCCCGCCAAUGGCCUUCUCGAAAGAAUGAUAACAACCCAUCUGCACCCUCCGGCCUCGGAUGCAAGUAUGAUAGCGGAUUCGAUUGCCAGCAGCUAUCAAAGCUGUAACGGGUCGAAUCCGGCUGUUUUUGAUGUGCUAAUCGAUACAUGUAGGAAGGCGGGUAGGUUGCGAGAGGCCGUUGAAAUAUUUUUGGGAUUGAAAAACAGAGGAAUUACUGUUAGUCUGCGGUGUUUUAAUUCUAUGCUGAGUGAUCUGUUGAAGGUGAAUGGGAUGGAUUUGUUUUGGAAGGUGUAUGGGUGCAUGUCGGAGGUGGGAAUUACACCAGAUGUUUAUACGUAUACAUCUUUGGUGGGUGCGCAUUGCAAAUCUGGGAAUGUUGGUGAGGCGAAGCGGGUGUUUGUUGAAAUGACCGAGAAGGGUUGUAGGCCAACUGCUGUUACAUAUAACGUGCUUAUUGCAGGAUUGUGUCGAGCAGGCAGUCUUCGUGAAGCUUUCCAGCUGAAAAGGGAGAUGCGUGAGAAUGGUCUGAUGGCAGAUAGCUUUACGUAUGCUACACUCGUGAAUGGGCUGUGCAAGGAACGGAGGUCAAGAGAGGCAAAAUUGUUGGUGGCGGAGAUGUGGGAGAUGGGAUUGAAGCCAAAUUACGUUGCCUACACAGCUUUGAUUGAUGGGUUGAUGAAAGAAGGUGAUGUGGAUGAGGCUUUUAGAGUGAGGGAUGAUAUGUUUGUUCACGGAAUUCAGUUGAAUGUCACUGGGUAUAAUACACUCAUUCGCGGCGUAUGUAAGGUUGGAAAGAUGGAGAAGGCCCACCAGCUCUUGAAUGAGAUGGUCGGGAUGGGGUGGAAGCCAAAUGCAAUGACAUAUGGUUCAGUUAUCGAGGGUUAUUUGAAAGAGAAGGACACCGAUAAUGCUUUUGAGAUGUUUGAUGAAAUGAAGAAAAAUGUAUUGCCCACGGUUGUUACAUAUAGCUUAUUGAUUAACGGGCUUUGUCAUUGUGGAGAUUUGCACCGAGCAAACAGUUUAUUGGAGGAGAUGGUUGCAAGUGGUCUCAAGCCGAAUGUUGUUAUCUAUACGGCGCUUAUAACAGGUUACUGUAGGGAAGGUAGAGUUGAAGAUGCAUGCAAGGUUUUGAAGAGGAUGUUGGAGAGAGGUGUCGUUCCAGAUGUGUUUUGCUACAAUUCUCUUAUAGCUGGAUUAUGCAAGGCGGGAAAGAUGGAAGAUGCCAGUAUGUACUUGGUGGAAAUGAAGGAGAGGGGACUGAUUCCAAAUGCGUUUACAUAUGGGGCUUUCAUACGGGGGCAUGGUAAGGCCGGGGAAAUGCACAAGGCGGACGGAUAUUUCAAGGAGAUGCUUGGCUGCGGUUUGGCACCGGAUGUUGUUGUUUAUACUGUUCUUAUUGACGGGCAUUGCAAAGCAGAUAACAUAAAAGAAGCCUUCUCAAUAUUUCAUGCUAUGCUUGGAAGAGGGGUGCUUCCAGAUGUGCAGACUUACAGUGUGCUCAUCCACGGACUUUCGAAGGCCGGGAAGUUGGAAGAGGCUAUUCGGGUCUUUUCGGAACUUCAAGAGAAGGGUUUGAAACCUGAUGUUUUUGCUUACAGUGGUUUAAUUUUCGGGUUUUGUAGGCAAGGUGAGAUGGAGAAAGCUUUCCGGCUUCUUGAUGAGAUGUUCAAUAAAAAAAUAGAGCCAAAUAUUGUUACGUAUAAUGCUAUGAUUGACGGAUUAUGCAAGAUGGGUGACGUCAGGAGGGCGAGAGAAUUGUUCAAUGUCAUCGUGGAAAAGGGUUUGGCACCAACUAGUGUGACUUACACUAUAAUGAUCAAUGGGUAUUGCAAAUCGGGAAAUGUAAUGGAGGCGUUCCGCUUAUAUGAUGAAAUGCUGUCGAGGGGACUGUUGCCAGAUAGCUUUGUGUAUAAUUCUCUUAUCGAUGGAUGCUGCAAGGUAGGAAACUUGGAGAAUGCUCAGGACUUGUUUAACAAAAUGGUGCAGGACGGCUUUGCGACAACCCUCUCCUUCAACACUUUAAUCGAUGGGUUUUGCAAGUUAGGCAAGCUUAAGGAAGCAAACAGAUUGUUGGGAGAUAUGAUAGAACAGCGGGUCAUGCCCAAUGAAGUGACAUACACAAUACUGAUUGAUGUGCUCAUCAAGGAAGGGAAGUUGGAGGAGGCUACUCAGCUGUUCUUGGAGAUGCAGGAAAAGAAUCUGGUGCCAAAUGCCAUCACUUACACCUCGCUCAUUGAUGGGCAAAGCAGACGAGGAAACACCGCAGAAGCAUUCGCACUAUUCGAAGAGAUGGUGGCUAAGGGCAUUAAGCCAGAUGAAGUGACAUAUGGUGUGAUGACCCAUACUCAUUCUAGAGAGGGAAACUUGAUUGAGGCCUUUCGGUUGAGGAACGAGAUCUUGGGGGAAGGCAUGUCGAUGAGCGGUACUGCAUACAAUUCACUGAUAGAUGCCCUUUGCAAGAAGGGUGAUUUUCAUGAAGCGUUGAAGUUACUCAACGAAAUGGUGGAGCGAGGAAUUAGAGCUGAUGUUGCAACAUGCAGUGCUCUAAUCCACGGAUUACGGAGCGAAUGUAAUAUCAAUGAGGCUGAAGUUCUUCUAGAGAGUAUGAUAAACAAGGGUUGGGUGCCCAGUAAUACUACUUUGAGUGACUUGGUCCCUGGGCGCCAAAAACUGGAGAGUGCAGAGGAAGACAGUGACCUUUAAUGCUAAGGUGGCAAAGGGGGUUGUUUUUUAGCUUUCAAGCUGCUCAAGAGAAGUACUUCAGCAGCCUGCUCAGGUUUAGAACGUAAAUCCGCUGGGCUGAGAAGGGACAUCGAGAAGACUAAAAUCACUCGAGAGUUUGUUUUUUGGAAGGAGGCUGCCAAGGCUAUUCGUGCAUCCUACAAUCCUGACACUUGCCAGUGUUGCACGUGUUUGAUCCCGGGAGUUCACAUGGCUCAAAUAUCAUGUGGGAGAUGCACAGUCGAAUUUGGAGAAUGGCUUAAGCCUUUUUAACAGUACUUUGUACACAUGAGGCCCGUCUGAUGGCUGGACUGACCUGACUUUUGGGACAUGAAACAUACAUGGAUAGGCCCAUCUGAUGAAUUGCCUGCAUCUUGCAUGCUUAUUCCACACUGGCAUGUGUGAGGAGAGUAGGAUACAGAAUUCUACUCUUGUAAGCAUGUCCCAUUGAUUCGUUCUUCCUGAAGCUCCCUGCACUUUGGUGAAGUUUGCUCUUGUUGAUGCUGAUCUUAGAUUACCAGAAGAUCGGAAUGCUGUUCGCAAAUCCUUCCAUAUAUCCAGGUGAAUGCUUUCUUCUUUUUUGGAUGUGGACAUAAAAGGCACCAACAAUAUCAUCUAUAGCUUCCUCAAAUAAUCAGUGAGUACCUCACCCACUGCUUUGCUUCGAAUAUUAAUCGGCUUCCCGCAAAACAACAGGAUUAACAACUGGAAAAGGUUUCGAUGACCGACUCUUGUACAUCAUCUGUAUGUAGGAAGAGCUUCCCUAACUUAUUUUGAUUAUCUUAGUCAUUCAUUGGUUGACUCAUUCUACCAAUUAGCAAAUGCUUGGAUUUCUUUAGCAUGCCAAAAAAUGGAGCUGUCAUGUAAUCAACUUUUGAAUUCAGGCCAUUAUUUAAAGAAAUCCAUCAUAUGUGAGUAUUCUUUUGGUAACAAACAUCCUGUCAUAAAGGGUCAUAUUGUGCUACAAUUGGCACGAAUGGUUGUGAUCUUUGGAAUUUCCUGUAUCUUUCUGUAUUUAAUUUGGUAAGCUACCAUGUGUAUGAAUGGUAGAUGCUAAUGUCCUCACCUUCAUGGGGAUGCUAGUGACGUCCCAAAGCUUUUGAAUGACAUCCGAUAUGCCUAAUCAUCAAUCCAGACAGUCCAUUCAGUACCACCGUGACCAAGCCAUGGUCCAAGAAUUACGCCGAUCACAUGAUCCUAACCCUUUGAAUGGGGCCAAUUUGUUACAAUACUCCGUUUUUACAGGCCAUAGAUCGCACGGUUAAAAGCAUCAAACCAGAGUGCUACUGUGACAUCAUAAGCAAUAAAAAGUGGGAUCUAUUGAAUAGAUUCUUCAAGGUGAUGAUUGGACCCAUUUUGUUCUCCACUCAAUCUUGACGGUCCAUUUUCAAUGAUACUGAUCAUAUGUUUAUGAUCAUAUUAUUGGCUUGAUUUUUAUUUUUAUUUUUCCACCAUGGCUUGCCCUAGUUAUAUGAAUAAAUGGACGGUAAAAAUUGAUGAUUGGUUGUCCCAUUUAUCAUUUACUAGUUUUGGGGGCUUUGCUAACAUCCCCACCUUCAUAGGGACAGUAGCAUCCAUGCACACACCUGUCAAUAAUACAUUGUAGGCACUAGCCGAACCAUGUUUCCUUUUGCUUUCCUUUGUUUCUCCAUGAUGAUCUUAUUUAUUAUUAUUAUUAAUUUUUAAAGAUGAAUCUCCUAGGAACUGUUCUAUAGAGGUUCUCUUAAUUCAUUAGACCUUUUUCAGAGAUUGAAAUACCCCAUGCCUUGGUGAACUGGAGUAGCAAACGUUUCUCAUCAUCCUUUCUAUUUAACUUUCACCUUGCAGCACCCCUGUUAGCCAUGAACUGUAGAGCUCCUUCCGGUCACCAACUGCCUCCUUGAGGAUACUAGACUGAUCUUAGAUCAAGUUACUACUUUGAGGGCAAUUACUACUUCUGUUCACCAAUCGCUUCAACAAGGAUACUUAACUGUUCCUUCUCAAUGAAUCAAGGGCUCUUCGGAACACCCUCAAAAGGGGCAUUUUACACCUAAACAACAUUUUGACCCUAGUUCACAUUAUGCAUUUGGAUGCACUUUCGCAAACCCUGUCUCAUCCCCAACUCAGCAAAAUGGGAGCUAAAAAGGUGACUCGUUUGUUGAGUUGACUGAAAAAGCCCCUUUCGCAGAAGUGCAUCCAAACGAGCCACAAAUGAGGUCCCUGAGAAUUCAGGGAGCACAAACACCCAUCCCAAACCCAAAGAGACAAUAGAAAACUUGAUGGAAACAAGACGAGGAAGAUUUGUCAUCAAAUGUUCUAGCACACUGCUCACUCCAAUUAUCCUGAAGGAUUGUAUAGGGGAACAACCACCAAAUAUGCCUACCAGGCUCCAAGAAAGGACCAGUAGGCCAGCUGCGUUAAUAUAAAAAACUAGACCAUUAACAUAAAAAAUAGACCUCUCCGCAGCCCCUCUGAGGAGAUGGUUCACUGAUUCUUCAUCUUUCCUACGGAUCGCAGAUUAACUACUACACCUGCUUGUCCUGAGCUCGGCAAGUGCAGGGGCUCUGAAGAGUCACUGUGAUAUAUGGGUUUUAUCCAUACCGUCCAUCCGUUUUUCCAUAUCAUUUUAAGGUCUAAGCCCAAAAAUGAGGCAAGAUCAAGGUUCAAGUGGACCACACAGUGGGGAUUAAACAGCCACCGUCCAAAACUUCUUGGGGCCCACACAAGUUUUGGAUCAGGCUGAUAUUCGUGUUUUCCCUUCAUCCAGAUCUAUGUGACCUUAUGAACAGGUUGGACGACAACUAUCCAUUAAGGUGGGCUCUAGGAAGGUUUCAACUGUGGGUGCCAUUAUCACUGCUGCUUCCUGUGGUGUGGUCCGCUUGAGCCUUAGAUCUGCCUCAUUUUUUGGGCUUAGACCCUAAAACCCAUACAUCACGGUGGCCCCUCAGAGCCCCUGCUUGUGCCAAUCUCGGGAUGGGCGGGGGUAGUAUCUAAACCGCCUCCCUUUCCUACACAUAAUUCACAUAUUGUUCAUCACCAUACUUCUCUUAAGAUUGUCAAGAGUUGAUGGGAGUCCAUGCAAAAGCUUGAACCCUUGCGGAGGGAUCAGGAUUCAAUUUUCUUCAGUUGUCCUGUUUGGUCAGCUGAUUUGAGCACCACACCUGGAGUUUUCUAUUUGCUUUAUCUGUUUUUCUUUUGUUGCUGUUUUUGAGUGAAGCAGAGUGACAAGCGGGUAACUUUUUGCCCGUCUUGCCUUUCUUAUCUCUGUUUCUUGGUGUGUUUAAUGAAAUGAUCUUCUCCAAUUUGAAUUCUAAGGUAGGCAGUUCCAUUUUGAUCACUUCCUAUUCACUGAAUUCAGUUAUCACAAUUCAAUUCGAUAGUGCAUCCAAACACAACUUUAGGUCAUAAAAUAGUUUCUGUUACUGCCUUGGCUCAAGCUUGCCAUCCUUCUGGUACACAUGGAAAAUACGUACAUACGUUCAUAUAUACACAACGGUUAAUAUUUAAGAAUCCGAGUAUGUACUAGAGACUCGAUUCUCAUAUACUCUCAGUUGGAAACAUUUACAUUCAGGUAAGGAAGAGCUUCUUUCAUUUGGAGGUCUUCUCUUUGUAAACACCUGUCUGAUACUCGGGCUCGCAGAAUUCUCCUCCGAGCUCAUCGCAUGCCUCGCCGGGGAACACCCUGCAACGAUCAUCGGAAGAAUGUCAUAUAAUCCUUUUCUGAGACAUAACACAUCAUUUUUAAAUCAGCCAAUGUAUUAGGCCUUUAUCAGUUUCAAGUGCCUGUUAAUUUCAGGUAAUAAUUAUGUUUAAUAGUAUUAAUUUUUUCCCUGAAAUAUUGGUUGAUAAGGCCAACAUAUUGUCUGAGAUUGCCUCAUAUAUAUUACAAAAUGAUGGAACUUCCUCAUUCUCACGUUCAUCGAACUUUUUUUUAAUAUUUAUUCUUGCAAUCGUCAAGAAAGGGUCCCAAGAUCUUACGUUUUGGGUUCGUUAUAUUCAACAUAUUCUCUGUCAAUCUCCUCUGAACCAGUGCGAGCUUUGGGUUUGCUGGCUUCUGGUUCUGGCUUCACUUCUGGAUACAUUUUGGCAUCGCAUGCUUCUCCUCCAACGGUAUCACAGGCUUCUGCAGGAAA